AUGCCCUUCCUUCCGCUGCUGGUGCUGUUGGCUGGCAUCACGUUGCUGAUUUCCCGUCGUCGAUACAGGGCAAUCGCCGCCAGAGAAAGUCCUAGAGUAAUUGUCGGAGGCCAUACAUAUUCCGAGAGUGUCGGAGAUGGACAGUCUUCGGUGCGCGAGGGAAAGAUUGAAUCCAUUCGCAGUGCCUGUAUCAUCGGUGCUGGACCUGUCGGAGCCUUGACGGCGAUUGUUCUCGCGUCGCAGAAUACACAUGUCCAAUUCCAUGUUGUUGAUGACAAUCCGCGUCUUAUCAUGGCGUGGAAUUCGGAUCGCUUGCCUGUCUGUGAACCUGGUCUGGAGGAGCUUGUCUUUGAGGACCACGCCGUAGCGUCUGAAAGACCAAAGAAGCAAGUUGAUCAACAGGCUGAAAUGCGUGAACCUGUCAUGUGUCAACCGCGAAUACGGAAACUGCGAAACAUCACUUUCUCAACCAACAUCCAUGCUGGAAUAGCGGCAUCGGAUAUCAUCUUUCUCUGCGUGGAUACUCUGGACAACUCAUCCGACGACGAGACCCCCGGCCUCGACCUGACAAUCCUGAAAACUGCCAUCCGGGCCAUCGCCCAAGUCUCAACCGGACACAAGAUCAUCGUCCACCGGGGCACAGGGCCAAGCGGAAUUGUCUCUCGAAUCAAGAAAAUGCUCAAAAAGACCGCCUCCCCAUCCGCCUCUUUCGAAGUUCUUUCCAACCCCGAGUUUCUGGUCCCAGGGACGGCGAUCCGCGACCUUCUCUAUCCAGUCCGAAUAAUCAUCGGCCACAUCUUUUCCGAGGAUAUGUCGCCCGAGGCACUAACCGCGCUGAAAGGUCUGUAUGCAUGGGUUCCCGAGGACCGCAUCGUCACCAUGGACGCCUGGUCGUCAGAGUUAGGUAAGAUCGCCGCGAGCGCAAUGCUAGCGCAGCAGACAAGCAGCAUCCAGUCCCUGCGCGCAAUCUGCGAGCCCACAAAUGCAAACAUCACGCAUAUCGAGCAGACUGUAGGGGCACUGUCUGCGACUGGGCAUGGGGUCGGUGGAUCCAGCUUGCUCAGGGACGUCGGGUGCUUGGUUUAUUUGGCACUGGAGCUGGGGUUACCGGAGGUGGCAGAGUACUGGACGGCAGUGGUGAGGAUGGAGGCAUAUCAGGUACAGCGCCUUGCACGACGCAUCAGCGAUGGUCUACCCCGGGCAGAGGAGAGGAGGGAUGUCGCCAUCCUUGGAUUCGCGAGCAAGUGGAACACGAUCGAUAUCGGGAAUAUGAGCGCGACGCGACUGGUGCGGGAACUGACAUGUUCUGGCGUCAAGGUGAACAUCUGCGAUCAGCAUGUGCCAAAGGAGCAGAUUGAGAGAGCCCUAGGCCUCAUGAGUGGGCAUUUGGAUGCCGUCACGGUCGUGGAGGACCUGCACGCGGCCUGCUCCGGCUGUGGUGCAGUCGUCCUGCACACCGCUUGGGACGAGUUUAAAGAGGGUCGGCUAGACUGGGAGAAGAUUGCGGGGGAGAUGGAGUCUCCAAAAGUGAUUUAUGACCAUCAUGGCAUGCUUGAUUCGCAGAGGAUGGAGAAGCUGGGGUUCAAACUGCUCCGACCCGGAGUCAAUUGUGGUAACAGACUCUAA